AUGUCAGGCACACUGCAAGGGAAGGUAGCUAUUGUCAGCGGCUCCUCGGCAGGUAUCGGCGCCGCAGUCGCCAAGGAGCUCGCCCAGAGAGGUGCGACCGUGGUGCUGAAUUAUCCUCAUGCUGGCGAGAAGGAAAACGCCACGAAAAUUCUGUCCAGCUUCCCUGAGCCGUCUCGAUCAAUAGCUGUUGAAGCGGAUAUAUCAACAUACCAGGGAGCCAAAACCUUGGUGCACGCUGCCGCUGAUGCGUUCCGGAAAGUGGACAUCCUCGUCAACAAUGCAGGCAUUAUGCUUCCAGGAGAUCUCGACGAUCCCGAUGAUGCCAAAGUUGAAUCGAACUGGGAACGCAUGAUUAAUUUGAAUGGUCGGGGCGCUUAUUUUUUGACGAGGGCUGUCCUGCACGUCCUGUCGCGCGAGAACUCGCGCAUUGUCAACAUUGGUAGCGGCGUUUCCCGUGUUCCAUCUACAGGCCAGAGCAUGUAUGCUGGAGUCAAGGGUAUGCUGGAAACUCUUACACGGAGCUGGGCAAAGGAACUGCCCCGGAAGUAUGGUUGCACUGUUAAUGCUGUGGCGCCUGGCAUCGUGGCGACUGAAGGAUAUCUUUCAUCACCUCAGUUCGUCAGGGAUAUGGUGAAGCCAUUCGUUGACUCGACUCCAGUCGCCCCCCGUGAGACGACGCCAGAGGAAGUGGCUUGGACUGUUGCCAUGCUAUGUGAGGAAAAGGCCGGCUGGCUAAACGGCGUUUACGUUCCUAUAGCGGGUGGCUCAAUCAUGAUUUAG